AUGGCAUCUUCCCAAGGCCCCAUCUUUGCUGAUAAAAACGCAGAUACAUCCAGUAAUGGGGCAAAAAACUGUGAUGUAGCUCAUGAGAACGAGCAGGAACGACAGUCUAGCACCUACAUGGUGUUCAGCUCGGCAGGAAAACUACUGUAUCUCUCACACGAUGAUGGAGCGCAAGACUGGGCCUUGACCCAAGCAAGCGUAAUGCAUGCCAUGUUGAGUUUGUUCGGCAUGCAAGAUCAGUUGCAGCGUAUCUGUAUGAAUAAUUCGGUGAACGUAUCAUUUCUACAUCGAAAACCUCUGUAUCUGGCUUGUGUGGCGAAGAAGAAAGAGCCUGACGAUAUUGUGUCUCUUCGGCUCGAGCGUGUUUAUGCUACUAUCAUCAGCCUCAUUAGCCAUGCGAGGCUGCUCCGCCUUUUUGAUCGUGCACCUAAUUUGGAUUUACAAGCUUUGAUUGGGCCUAUGCGAGAGUAUGUCGACGCAGUGGUCUUGAACAUGCAAUCCUCCUUGGCGUUGGCUUUCGGUACUGUUCCCAUUCGUCCACUAGAUGCAUCAGUUCGUGAUCAGAUCACUCGGACCUGUGCCGAGCUUGCUCCAGAAAAACGACCCAAGCAGCUGUUGUAUAUUCUCCUGUGGGACAGUGACGAUGCGCUAAUUAGUCUAUCACACUUACGCCGUUAUGUGCCGCAUCCGACAGAUCUUGCGCUCAUCAAUGCAGUAGUACGAGUUGGAAAAGACCAAGAUGGUUGGGCCCCAUUGUGUUUGCCUGUUUUUGCACCCAACUCGUUCGCUGCAUCAUCUCGCCGCGAAUCUCUGCCCAUCGCCAAACACUGUUCGAACACGUCUUGUGCGCACUUCGUGGUCCUGCACAUGCAACUGAAGCAUGCCCUGACUUGCCGUGGCCACGACAGCCGCCUGUGCCUAGGCCACUUGAGCUUGUGA